AUGAAUGACCAAAGCCUUCUUUUGAUGAAAGCUCGGCUUGAAGUCGUAGAUUUCAAGACAAUUGAGCCUUUUCUUCAAAAAUUUGAUCGAUUCCUUACCCUUCGUACAUUCAUUAGAGGCUACACCCUGGGCACCGCAGAUGAGCAAAUUUGGACCGUUCUGCGACUGAAUAAAGUCGCGCUUGGACUGAUUAGGAGAGCGAUAUUUCCGAACUUGACACGAUGGUUUUCCCAUAUCCAAUGCACCUAUCCUGAUCUUCGACCAACCGCUGGUGAACUCGUCAGUGCAACCAACACUGAUGCUACCGCCAACCAGACAAGGGGCCGCUACAACAUCAAGCUACAAGCUACAGAGAACGGCGUAGUGACUAGAUUUCCGCCAGAGCCGUCGGGGUAUCUACAAAUUGGGCAUGCCAAGGCCGCCUUUUUAAACGACUACUUUGCGCACGAUGCUUUUUCCGGGUCCCUCAUUCUACGUUUUGAUGAUACCAACCCCACGAGAGAGAACCAGGAAUUCGAGGACUCUAUUCUUCACGACCUAGGUCUACUGGGCAUCAAAACACAGCGCGUGACAUACACUAGUGAUUACUUUGAGAAGCUUUACGACUUGUGCUGUCAACUUAUUUCGGAUGGAAACGCAUAUGCCGAGGAUACGGAUAGCAAAAUACAAAAAGACAACCGUCGUGAUCGCCUUCCCAGUAAACGACGAGAUCGCCCCACGAGCGAGAGCCUCGCCAUCUUCAAAGAGAUGAGGGAAGGAACAGAGUUUGGCAAAGGACACUGUAUCCGAGCACGCAUCGCCUUUGACAGUUCAAACGGUUCAAUGCGUGACCCAAUCAUCUACCGCUUUCCCAGCUGGGACCCCGAGGAUGGACCACGGCCACAUCACCGAACCGGCUGGGACUGGAACAUUUAUCCCACAUAUGACUUUGCCUGCCCUCUGGUCGACUCCAUCGAGGGCGUAACCCACGCUCUCCGGACGACUGAGUACUCUGACCGCAACGAGCAGUACUACUGGUUUUUACGUGCUCUCAAGUUACGGCCAGUGUACCUCUGGGACUUUGCGCGAAUCAACUUUAUCAAGACGUUCUUAUCUAAGAGAAAGCUGGCAAAAGUAGUUGAAUCUGGAAUUGUGGAUGGCUGGGAUGAUCCUCGAAUGCCUACUAUCCGGGGCAUUCUCCGCCGCGGUCUUACGGUAGCAGCGCUACGCGAGUUCAUGCUAAAGCAGGGCCCGAGCCGGAACGUUGUUUCCAUGGACUGGACCACCCUUUGGGCGAUGAACAAGAAGAUGAUUGAGCCGAUUGCACCGAGACACACUGCUGUGGCAUCCGUGGGUUGCGUUUUGGCCACCGUGGCGGGAGGUCCAGAUCAUCCCAGGCAAGACAGUCGACCGAAACACCCUAAGAAUCAUAACGCGGCGGCCGUUCGACAGGGCGAGGAGAUUACACUUAUGAGCUGGGGAAAUGCGCUUGUUCGACAGGUCACGAGAUCCGAUGACCAGGCCGUGACCGCGUUACACCUUGAGCUCCAUCUUGAUGGCGACGCUAGCAAAACGGACAAGAAAGUUCACUGGCUAGCUGCUCACGGUGCCGAAAUUGCCAGAGCGGAGCUUUGGGAGUUUGACUAUCUGCUAACUAAAGAUAGUCUUGUGAAGGGUGAUGAGCUGGAGCACUAUCUAAACCCCGUCACGUCCUGGCUUACAGAUGUAUUGGUGGGUUCUGAGUUUAGUCAGCUCCUCGAAGGUGAUAUUAUUCAGAUUGAGCGGAAGGGGUAUUUUCGCAUGGAUAAGCCAAUUGGUCAAGGACCUAGUGGCAAGGCGGUAUUGUUUAAAAUUCCAACAGGAAAUAACAAGGGAUAA